CAAUUGUUCUUCACAGUAUUCUCCUGCAAGAACAAUGGUGCGACAGCUUGUUUGGCAGCGGGCUUCCGCCUCUCAGAGGUUGGCCCCGAAGUGCCUCUCCCCGCAAAGGUUAUUCGCUCGCCGUGGUCUGGCCACCGAGGCCUCUUCGACCCCUGCCUCCUCGCGCAUGCCCCCCUACCCCAAGAUCGUGCGCAACUUGGAACAAGUCCGUCGGGUUCUGGGUUCUUCGCGAUCGCUCACCUUGGCCGAGAAGAUCCUCUACGCCCACUUGGACAACCCCGAGGAGUCGCUGUUGACCGGCACCAACAAUGGACGGGACGUCCGUGGCAAGGCCAACUUGAAGUUGAAGCCGGACCGCGUGGCGAUGCAGGACGCCUCUGCCCAGAUGGCUCUGCUGCAGUUCAUGUCCUGCGGCUUGCCCUCGACCGCCGUCCCGGCCAGUAUCCACUGCGACCACAUGAUCGUGGGUGAACGCGGUGCGGACGUUGAUCUGCCCGCCUCGAUCCAAGGCAACAGCGAGGUCUUCGACUUUCUGGAGAGCGCCGCCAAGCGGUAUGGUAUUGAGUUCUGGCCUCCCGGUGCCGGUAUUAUCCACCAGAGCGUGCUCGAGAACUACUCAGCUCCCGGUCUCAUGAUGCUGGGUACGGACAGUCACACCCCCAACGCGGGUGGUCUGGGUGCCAUUGCCAUUGGUGUUGGUGGUGCGGAUGCCGUUGAUGCUUUGGUCGAUGCACCCUGGGAGCUGAAGGCGCCUCGCAUCCUCGGUGUGCGUUUGGAGGGCAAGCUGAACGGCUGGGCCUCCCCCAAGGACGUGAUUCUCCACUUGGCUGGUAAGCUCACCGUCCGUGGCGGAACUGGGUUCAUCAUCGAGUACCACGGCCCCGGUGUCGAGACGCUGAGCUGCACGGGCAUGGCUACCAUCUGUAACAUGGGUGCUGAGGUUGGCGCGACGACCUCCGUCUUCCCCUUCUCCCCCAACCACAUUCCCUACCUCCAGGCUACUCACCGUGGUGAUGUGGCUAAGGCAGCGGCUGAGAUCGCCGCCUCUGGACCCCACAACCUCCUCCGCGCCGACAACGGCUCGCAGUACGACCAGUUGAUCACCAUCGAUCUGUCGACCCUGGAGCCUCACAUCAAUGGUCCCUUCACCCCUGAUCUCUCGGUGCCUGUGUCGGCCUUCGCUGAGACUGUACGUGAGAAGAGCUGGCCUGAGACGCUGGGUGCUGGUCUGAUUGGUAGCUGCACUAACAGCUCCUACGAGGACAUGACCCGCGCGGAGCACCUGGUUAAGCAGGCCACCGCUGCCGGCCUCAAGCCCAAGGCUGACUUUUUCAUCACUCCCGGCAGUGAGCAGAUUCGGGCUACCCUGGACCGUGAUCAGACGCUGUCGACCUUCUCGCAGGCGGGAGGUACCGUGCUGGCCAACGCGUGCGGCCCCUGUAUCGGCCAGUGGAAGCGCACAGACGGUGUCCCCAAGGGUGAAGAUAACGCCAUCCUAACCUCCUACAACCGCAACUUCCCCGGCCGUAAUGACGGCAACCGUCGGACGAUGAACUUCCUGGCCUCUCCCGAGCUGGUCACUGCCAUGGUCUACUCCGGCAGCACGACCUUCAACCCCAUGAAGGAUAGCAUCAAGACCCCCAGCGGCGAGGAGUUCCGCUUCCAGCCCCCUACCGGUCAGGCUCUUCCCGGCCAGGGUUUCGCCGACGGUAACCCCAACUUCCAGCCCACGGCCGCUGUGCCCGACGCUUCCUGCGAGGUGAUCGUCUCCCCGACCUCUGAUCGCCUGGCGCUGCUCGAGCCCUUUGCCCCCUUCCCCAAGGGCGAGCUCUCCAGCCUGAAGGUCCUCUACAAGGUCAAGGGCCAGUGCACCACCGACACCAUCUCCGCGGCCGGCCCGUGGUUGAAGUACAAGGGUCACUUGCCCAACAUCUCCGCCAACACCCUGAUCGGCGCCGUCAACGCCGCCACCGGCGAGACCAACGUGGCCUAUGACGAGGCCGGCAAGCAGUACUCGAUCCCUGACCUGGCUGCCCACUGGAAGGCCCAGGGUACCGAGUGGCUGGUCGUCGCCGAGGAGAACUACGGUGAAGGUAGCGCCCGCGAGCACGCCGCCCUGCAGCCGCGCUACCUGGGUGGCCGCAUCAUCGUGUCCAAGAGCUUCGCCCGUAUUCACGAGACCAAUCUCAAGAAGCAGGGUGUCGUUCCCUUGACCUUCGCCAACCCCGCCGACUACGACAGGAUCGAUGCCUGCGACCAGGUCGCCACCGAGGGUCUCUACGAUGUCCUCCAGGCCGGUGGUCAGGGCUCCAUCCAGCUACACGUCACCAAGCGCUCCGGUGAGCAGCUGGUCAUUCCCGUCCGCCACACGCUCAGCCCUGACCAGUGCGGGUUCAUUCUGGCUGGUAGUGCGUUGAACCUAUUGGCGCAGCGGGCCAACAAGCAAUGAAUAGUUAAUUUGUGAUCUGUUGAUGAUAGAGGUUUGGCUAUGUUGUUUGUUAUGUUUGGCUGUUAAUAUGUACAUAUAUAUCCAUGGGGAUUUGUGUUUCUGGGGGCUGUUUUGAAUAUGUUCAUUGUACGGGCAAAAUUCGGGCAAAAAGCGGG